GCGAGCGGCAGUCGUGGCGCUGGUGCUGAGGUCUCGGCUCGCUCUGUCGGGUCCCGCGCCCGAGUUGGGUGCAGGACUUUUUGCCUGGAUAAACGCAACGGCGGCGACGCCGCAAGUGCUGGUGCAGCGUUGGUGGCCGGAUUUCGCCGCUGCUACAGCAGUCUUCGAGCAGCCCUGCAGGUCUUGCCUGUUCUGGGAGUCAGAGAGUUUCUCCCGCAGAAAAAACCGGGACGCGCGGAGCGAGGCGACGUGGGAGGCGUCCCGGGGCCGGCACCCGGGACUGACCCGCACCCGCGCGGGCGCCAGUGCUUGUGGCUGGGCUCAGACUUCCGAGCCGCAGGCGAAUGAGGACCCUGUAGCAGAGCGGCCGAAUGGUGGCAAGUGAAAAGUCAUUUUGGACACUCAGGCAUGGAAGAUUUGGUGUGCGUCUGCAGCAACUUCAGCUUGUAAAUUCGGCACCUUCCACUCUGUGCCUGUAAAGUCUUCUGGGCUUCUUCCCUAGCCAGAGUUCUUCUGCGGUGGUGAGGCCUUCCUGGGCCCCUGAUCUUGGUUGGCCAUGGGGAGCACCCUGGGCUGCCAUCGCUCUAUCCCCAGGGAUCCCUCGGACCUGUCCCAUAGCCGCAAGUUCAGCGCAGCCUGCAAUUUCAGCAACAUCCUGGUGAAUCAGGAGAGGCUCAACAUUAACACUGCCACCGAGGAGGAGCUGAUGACCCUGCCUGGGGUGACCCGGGCUGUGGCACGAAGCAUCGUGGAGUACCGAGAAUAUAUUGGUGGCUUCAAGAAGGUAGAGGACCUGGCACUGGUCAGCGGUGUGGGUGCCACCAAACUGGAACAGGUCAAGUUUGAGAUCUGUGUGAGCAGCAAGGGCAGCUCCGCACAACAUUCUCCCAGUUCCCUGCGAAGGGAUCUGCUGGCAGAGCAGCAGCCCCAUCACCUGGUUACCACUGUGCCCCUCACUCCACGAGUCAACAUUAACACAGCCACCCCUGCUCAGCUCAUGAGUGUGCGAGGCCUCACAGAGAAAAUGGCCCUCAGCAUCGUGGAUUACCGCAGGGAGCAUGGUCCCUUUCGCAGUGUUGAGGACUUGGUGAGGAUGGAUGGUAUCAACGCUGCCUUCCUGGACAGAAUAAGGCACCAGGUGUUUGCUGAGAGGUCCAGGCCCCCAUCCACUCACACCAACGGGGGUCUGACCUUCACUGCCAAGCCUCACCCCAGUCCUACCUCACUGAGCCUGCAGAGUGAGGACCUGGACCUGCCACCAGGGGGACCCACGCAGAUCAUCUCCACUCGGCCCUCCGUGGAGGCCUUUGGUGGUAUGAGAGAUGGGCGGCCUGUGUUGAGGCUGGCCACCUGGAAUUUGCAAGGCUGCUCUGUGGAGAAAGCUAACAACCCUGGGGUGCGAGAAGUGGUGUGUAUGACGCUUCUGGAAAACAGGACUUACGGUGCCUACAGUCAUACCAAAGGCUGGUUCAGAAUCUGAAAGUUGAGAAUCCUGGCCAAACAUGAUUCCAUCUCAUCAUGACUACCAGGAACUUUUUGCAGAUAUGGAGAGUAACAUAGUAAGUCAAGCAUUUCCUUCCUAGCACAUUGCCAUUGGCCACCAUCCCUGUGGGCAGUGCCCUACAUCUCGUGGCACUCUCAUUUCUGUCAGCAUCCUGAAGCUGAGGGAGGAGCAGGGCCGGAUCUGCUUCCUUAGAGUUGUCUCCUUGUGAUCCUCUUGGGUACUUCCAUUCAUUAGACCAGAUGUAAAGGCCAGUCUUCCUCUACAUCUUGAAGACAGUCUUUUCCCAGAAGGCACAGGUCCUAGCACUCCUACCCUGACUAGACCUUUAAUCAACAACUGAGACCCACUGGGCACCAGGCUCUAGGGAAAAUAUGCCAUCUCCUGCCCACUCCGUCUGUCCUGGGAGCUGUGGCUUUGUGUCCCAUCAGAGGGAGUGGUUAGUUCCAGGACUCCAAUUCAGGCUUUGGGAGAAUGGGCAGAGUGAGCUAGUUCAAGUCACUGAGGGCUAAUUUUCUUAGGAAAAAAACCCUCCAGGUGACACAGCCCCAUUGACUGCAUGUCUGUGUGUUGGUUGGGACUGAGCCCAUGCUAAUAACAAAGGGUCCCUUGAAGGCUGGUAGAGUGGCUCAAGUGGUAGAGCACCUGCCUAGCAAGUGUGAAGCUCUGUGUUCAAACCCCAGUACCACCAAAAAACCAAAACAAAUGCAAAAAGCCCCACAAAGGGUCCCUUGGCCCUGUUUACUUUGCCCACCAUUCCUAGCCGCAAGGAGUAACAUCUUUUGACGUUAGAAGACCAUCCUAGUAUAGUGUUACUAGCCUUAUCUUCCCCACGUUCUCAUCCUCAGUACCCUGUUUCUGACCAUAUAUUCCGUCUACAUAUAUCCCUUCUAUCUCUCUUCCUCCUUUCUGAUGGCUUCCUCUAUAUGACCACAUCUGUCCCCAGUACAACUUAAUGACCCCCCCACACCCACCAUUCUAUUCCAUUUGCUCUGUCCUAUCAAGUAGCAGCUAAACAUGGUAGUGGUUCAGCUUUUCCUCACAGUUCUCAGCCUGUGAAGCUGGUUAAAUUGCCUGCUCUGGCUCCUGUGGCCUUGUUUGACCAAUUUCCCUAUACCACCUGCUCAGGGGACCUCAUAGGUGAGUUCACUAUGGUAUUCACUCUUGCUUGCUGGCAGUACAGGUGCCUCCCACUGCAUGAAGCAUCACCUGUGGCCAUGCAGGAGCUCUGUACCUGUUCAAGAGAGUUCUGGAGGUGGAUGGCACCUACCACAGGACCACCCUAGGGAGUCUCUCUGGGGUCUUAUGGGAAGAACGUACUUCUUUCUCUGAUUGCCAGUUCACUUGUAGAUAGCGUCAGAGACACCAUGGGGAAACGUCAAGUGUGGUCUCACUGACCUAGGGAAGCUGAGAGGAUGGCUGUCACUGUUACGUUCCUCUCAUAAAGGGAAUUGGACCAUAAGGGACUCAUUUUUCCAGCCUCACAGGAAGUAGGCUCUGAGAGACUCCCAAGACCAACUGAACAUAGUUGGGCAGUACAUUGAUGUAGACUUCCCUCUCCGUGAAGCAGAGGGAAGUUAGUGAACCUUAGCCAGGGGGCUCUCCUUUGCGUUAGUUUGCUGGAUGCCAAUAACAAAGGGCCACAGAUCAGAUGGCUUGAAAGUAGAAGUUUACUUUCUAACAGUAAGUUUACUUUCAAACUGGAAAUUGGAGAUUAAGGUAUCAGCUGGGGCAAAGGCAGUGACUCAUGCCUGAAAUCCCAGCUAUUCAGAAAGUGUAGGGCAGGAGGCCAAUCUGGGCCAAAAAAAAAAAUGGUAUUGAGAUCCCAUCUCAACCAACAAGCCAGGCAUGUUGGUGUGGCCUGUGAUUCUAGCUAUGAGGGAGCCAUAGGUAGAAGGAUGAUGGUCUGAGGCCAGCCCCAGGCAAAUGUAAGAGCCUAUGUGAAAAAUAAUGAAAAGUAGAAAAAGGACCAGAGAGUAAAGCACCUGCCAAGAAAGGUCUUGGGUUCAAACCCCAGUAUCACUAAGGAAAAAAAAAGUGGAGAGGCUGGGUAGUUUCUUCUGAGGCCACUCUCCUUGGCCUGUAGAUGCCACCUUCUCUGUCUUUUGUCCUCACUUGGCCUUUUCUCUGUACUGUUUCCAGAUUUUCUCUUCUUUGUUUUUGGUGGCACUGGGGUUUGAACUCAGGGUCUCACACUUGCUAGGCAGGCGCUCUUAGUGCUUGAGCCGCUCUGCCAGCCCCCAGAUUUUCUCUUAUAAGGAUACCAUUCGUACUGGAUUUUUAUCUUAAGGCCUCUCCAAAUAUCGUCAGUCACAUUCUGACAUUACUGGGGGUUAUAACCUUUCAAGAGACACAAUUCAGCUCAUGACACCUGGGUCUUCAGGAAAAAAGCACCUUGCUCUGGCUGGCGCUUGAGGGGACAGUUCACUCAGUGCAGGGGAUUAAGGGAGGCUGGGGGAGGAUGGGAAGGGCAGCAAGGAUUAACAAAGAAGGGAUGUGUGUGAAGAGGAGCUGGAGGGGAUAGGGUCACAGGGAUGCCUGUCCUGGGGAUACAAGGUGACACGGAUGGUGUCUAGCAGAGCCUGGCACACAUGGGAAGCCUUCAGUAAAUACUGUUACUUGUUCAGCCUUUCCCCCCUAACCCCCAUAGAAGAGCAGAUGGAAGUGCUCUGCCUGGUUUACUGCAGAAUCCUCAGAACCUCAAAUACUACUGUGGCUCAGAAGUAUUUGUUGAGUGAAUACAUGAAAACAUGAGGGCCAAACAUUAAGUACUCAGUAGUUAAAAUGGCAAUUUGGUGUACCAGUAGAGACAGAUUAAAGGAACAUCUCAAAAGCAGCUCUAGCAUUUGUGGGACUAUUAGGUGAUGCCAGGGCAUCACGAAUCAGUGGGAGAAGGGAUGGGUAAUUCAAUAAUUGACCGAUGCAAAAUAAUUAGAUCCUUCUCUCAUCACAUAUAUUUUUAAAAUUCCAAUUAGACACUUCAACCAUAAGAAGAAACAGAAAAUAUUUGCAAAUAUCUCCUCUUUAAGGGAAGAGUUGGCUUUUGAAACACAAAACACUGCAGGAAAAGAUCAGAAAAAGUACAGGGAUUGGGCUGCUUUUUAAAAUUAACUUUUGUAUAUCACAAACAUUCAAAACAAAAUUUAAAGUCAAUGUUGAAAAGUUCCCUUAAGUGGCAAAAAUGUUGAGAGCCUUUAAUAUAUAAAUUACUUAUUUAAAUCUAGAGGGGAAAACUCAUUUCUAUCUUCAUAGAAAAAUUAGCCCAAAGAAAGAUUUAGAUCAUGCACAGAAGAACAAAUUGCAAGCAGCCAACCAGUGUAGGAAGAAUGUUUAACUUGUUGGUAAUCAGAGAAAUACAAAGAAAAAUGAGAUGUCAUUUUUUGCCUAUCAGGUAACACAUCAGGGGUGGUGUUAAGAAAGGCCUUUUCCCAAAUCGCUGCCUGGGAGAAUAGCUGUAAAUUGUUUUCUGACACACGGUUUAAAGAGGCUUAAGUAUAUAUAAAUCUUUUGAGAUAGUAAAUGCAAUCCAGCCUAAGCAAAAUUCAAAAAUUGAAAAUCAAGGAAAUGUGAAAAAUCUAAAUACCCAGCAGUAGAGGAAAUAGUAAACUGUGGUACACACCCAUAGGAAAUACCAGAAAGAUUUUUUUCCCCUUUCUUUUGGAGGUGCUGGGUUUUGAACUCAGAACCUCAUGCUUGGUAGGCAGGUGUUCUACCACUUGAGCCACUCUCCUAGCGCUUUUGGCUUUUAGUUACUUUCCAAAUAGGGUCUUGAACUUUUCCCCCAGCUUGCCUGGACAGACAUUCUCCUACCCGUGCCCACUUAGUGUGUGUAUCACUGUGCCCAGCUUAUUGGUUGGGAUGGAGUCUCGCUAACUUUUUUUGCCAGGGCUGGCCUGGAACCAUGAUUCUUCCAGUCUCUGCCUCCUGAACAGCUGUGAUUACAGGUGUGUACCAACAUGCCCAGCCCUCAGCCUUUAAAAGUUAGUUUUUGAAGAAUAUUUAAUACAGCAGUGUUCAACCUGUAUUGCAUUGUAUCAUACUUACUAAUGUCUCAUUGGCUAAAAGAAAGUCACAUGACCAAGCUCAGAUUUAGUAGGAACAGAGGGAAGUGCCAGUG